AGGAAUAGAGUACUUUCGAGUGGGCUUUCAAAAUGGCCACCGAGGACAGUUUCAAUUACCUCUUCAUGGGCCACAGCGAGAAACACAGAAGGGCCCGAAACUGGACCGAUGCGGAGAUGAAGGGGCUCCUGUACGUCUGGGAACAGAACGUCGCUGAGCUGAAGAAAUGCAAGAGGAAUGCCAAGAUCUAUGAGAAAAUGGCCCAGAGGUUCUUCGAGCUCACGGGAGAACAGCGCCACCGGGAGGAGAUCAAGAUGAAAAUAACCAACAUGUCUUUCCAGUACAGGAAAAUGAAGUGCACGACCAAUGGGAGUGGAGGUACCCCGGACUGGCCGUACUACAAAGCCAUAGAGAAGAUCCUCACCAAGACUGCCGAUAAUGGGACUAUGAACCCAUUUGAGCUCCAGUCUUCGGGCCCCUCCACCUCCACGGAGGCCUCGAUGUCCCAUGCGGAGGGCCUCCCCAUGGGCGUCCUUCCGGAGUACACAGGCUCCUCUGAUGAGAUGGAAAUGAGGGAGGACCUGGGUGGAUCGGAGAGCUCUGGCAGUCUGCAUUCCGGGCUUCCCUGUCCUGAUUCCCACCCGGCACCGGCCAAGAGGAAAAAAGUACACCAGCACCUCUCCCUGAAGCGGUGGAAGCUGAAGGUGAUGGAGGCAAUGCUACAGGAGCAGCGGAAGGUGAGCCGGGCGGUGGAGGAGACGUGCCGCGAGGUAAGCCGCGUCAUGCACCAGCAAAACUUCCUCCAGGUGCAGAGCCUACAGCUCCAGGAGCGCAUGAUGAACCUGCUGGAGAAAAUGAUUCAGCCACCCGCUGCCCCGACACCCGCCUGGGGUGCUGCUGCCCAGCCAGGGGUCAAAGAGCCAGGGCAGGGGUGAAGGGUCAACAGUGAGGGG